AGGAAGCUCUAGUACAUAGCGAGUCAGGGCAGCGCACGGCAUGGAGAUGCUCCGGCGAGCUCAUGGCCCGUGCAGGAUAUUUGUCGGCGGCUUGGCUGCCGACCUUUUUUUCUUCAUUGGUGUGUUACUAUCAAAUACUUUUCUCCUGUAGCGACAACAAUGGCGUCCCAUGUUCCCGCCUGGAAGCGGCUGGGGCUCCGGCUCAAGAACGCAAAGGAGGAGCCCCAGGUGCGGUCGGACACGAAAAAGAGGCCGCAUUCUGGGGAAGAGGGCCAGCAAAACAAGCAUCAUCACGUGCAGAACACCACUCCUUCCAGGACGGGAGAAGAGGGCCAGAAAAAGACUAAAAAGCGGAAGUUGGCAGAAGCACAGCCUGUCGCGACCUCACCGUCCACCAACGGUGAAGACAAACCCAAGGCGACGCCUGCCGUUGCGACGCCAACCAAACCUUCACUCAGCCGGAAGAAGUCUGUGACCUUCACUCCGGACACCAAGGGAACAGAUGGUGACAGUGGUCAACAAUGGUCCAAAGCCUGGUUCAAUUCCCAACAGGACAAACCCGAGGAAUCUACCCCUGAAGAAACCUCGACAUCGCCUGUAAACGGCGGCCCUGGCGAGCCGUCAAAGAAAAACCUCAAAAAGGCCAAGAAAGAGCAGCGAAAAGCGGAGCCCAAGGCUACAGCCAGUGAAAGGUCAGAAGGAAAGGACCUGCCCCCCUACGUUCGAUACCUCGAGCAGUAUUCAGCCGAUCGAGCAAACUGGAAAUUCAACAAAAGCAAGCAAAUUGAUCUCUUCAAACAUCUAUUCAACGUCUACCGCAUCCCUCACACCUACGACCCCGCCAUCGAAGCUUACGUCGCUGGCCUCCAAGGCGCUGCAGCCCGUUAUCGCCUACAGCAAUCAUCCAAGGAAGCUCUUAACGAAACCUCCGACGUUGAAGACAAGAACUUAGACAUGGACUCUUCAGUAUCCCGCAAAGCGGCACAUGACGCCGCGCUUGAGACGCAUUUGGACAAUUCCAAGAAGCGCCGCGCUGAUGAAGAGGUUCAGCAGAAGCUGCGUAAACGGAAACGCGCCCAAAAGAUCCUUAGCGUUUUGGGAGAAGUAACGGCGCCCGAGCCCAAGAAGGCCGCUGAGACGACUGUUCCCGAAAGCGGUGCUGAGACCCAGCCGCCUGCGAACCAAAAACGGACGCGGCAACGGAAGAAGAGAACCGAGGUCUCGGAUGACGAUGAUAGCAGCGAUAGCAGCAGCAGCAGCGAGGAUGAGUCUUCCAGCGACGAGAGCUCAGACGACGAAUCAGAUGAUGCUAGCUCCGAUGCAUCGGGCAGCUCCGCGGUAUCCAGCAGUUCUGAGGACACAAGCAGCGAAGAAUCGAACUCAGACUCAGACCCGGACUCGGACUCGGACUCGGACUCGGGUUCUAGCUCUAACUAAAGAAAAGAUGGCAAUAGAUUCACGAAUGACAGUGGGAACAUUGACGGACAACAGGCUGUCAUGGUGAGGUGGCCCUUGAUUAGGUAGAUAUGGUUCUUGGGAGUUGGCGACAAGUGCGAGGUCGCAAAUAGACAAACAGGCACACAAAAUAUACCCAGG